GACGACCCCAAGAAGCUCAACAGGCCACUCGCCAUUUCACAUGGUUUACGGAAUAGAUGCACUCAUGCCUAUCGAAGUUGUCUUAAAUUCGCACCGAUCGACAUUUUAUGAGGAAAAGAAGAACGAAGAGAUGGUCGAAGAGGCCCUCGACAUGAUAGAAGAAGGACGAGAGGAGGCUUGGGUGCGAUCCAUGGAAUAUAAGCAGAAGAUGCGUGCAGCCUUCGAUAGGAAAGUCCGUACCAGACGAUUUCAAGUUGGAGAUCUCGUCCUCAAACGAGCAGAUGCUCUAAAACACGUCGGGAAGCUUGAAGCUAAUUGGGAAGGACCUUACACCAUCACCAAAGUGCUCGAGAGAGGUGCAUAUGAGCUCGAGGAUGGCGAGGGACGACAAUUGCCACGAUCUUGGCACGUAAUCCAUCUCAAGC